AAACCGGAUGUGGCUCCGGUUGUCAGGUGAUCAGCUGACCGAACAGAUCGGAGCUAAACAAGACGAUAAGAAGGACAAUUUCAAUUUCAUUUUGCCAAGGAGGGAGACGUUCUUCGAUAAGCCUUCAAUUACAAGGACAUGUUCCAGGAGUAAUUUAGUUGUGAAACAUCUGCAUUAUGUCGGGGAACAACUUGGUUCUACCCAUAGUGCUAUGGGGCCGCACCGCUCCCACCCACUGCAUCAGCAGCCUGCUGGUGAUGGACAACUUCAGCACCAUCAUCACCGGCUGCCACGACGGACAAAUCUGCAUCUGGGACAUGACGCCUGAGCUGGAGAUUUGUCCCCGGGCCAUGCUGUUUGGUCACACAGCCUCCAUCACCUGUCUGGCUAAAGCCAGUGCAUGCAGUGACAAACAGUACAUCGUCAGCGCAUCAGAGAACGGAGAGAUGUGUCUAUGGGAUGUGAACGAUGGACGCUGUAUUGAGUUCACCAAGCUGGCCUGUGCUCACACUGGCAUACAGUUCUAUCGGUUCACCAUCGGCACUGAGAAAGAGGGACGUCUGCUUUGCAACGGCCACUACCCAGAAAUCCUUGUGGUGGACGCCACCAGCCUGGAGGUGCUGUACUAUCUGGUGUCCAAGAUCUCCCCCGACUGGAUCAGCUCCAUGAGCAUCAUCCGCUCGCACCGCACACAAGAGGACACGGUGGUGGCGGUGUCAGUGACGGGGAUUUUGAAGGUUUGGAUCAUCACAUCGGAGGUCAGCAAGAUCCAGGACCUGGACCCUGUGUUUGAAGAAGAGUCCAAACCCAUCUACUGUCAGGGCUGUCAGAGCAUCUCCUUCUGCACCUUCACUCAGAGCAGCCUGCUGGUCGUCUGCUCCAAGUACUGGAGGGUGUUCGACGCCGUUGACUACUCGCUCCUCUGCUCAGUGUCCAGUGAGAACGACCAGGCCUGGACCGGAGGAGAGUUCAUCGCCGCAGACAGAGUCAUCAUCUGGACGGAGGACGGCUGCAGCUACAUCUACAAGCUGCCCGCCAGCUGUCUGCCUGCGAGUGAACAUUACCGCAGUGAUGUGGGGAAAACUAAAGAAGGCUCCAUCCCUCCGCUGGUCUACAGCAUCGCCGACCGCCUAGACAAACAGCUCCUGAUCUGUCCUCCGGUAACUCGGUUCUUCUUCGGCCGACGGGAGCCCUUCCACAAGCUGCUGAUCCAGGGGGACUCAGCGGGCCGACUGUCCCUGUGGAGCGUCCCCGACAACUCGCCUCUGCAGCCGCUGUCCACCGCCGCAGCGCUGCAGGUGUCGUCCACCAUCAGUCUCCAGGAGUCGUUUGAUAAGUUGUCCCCCGUGUCUUCAGGGAUCAUCGACCAGCUCAGCGCCCUGCCUGGACAAGACGCACCCAUCAAGGUGACGGCCAGCGUCUACAUCCCCUCUCAGGGCCGCCUGGUGUGCGGCAGAGAAGACGGCAGCAUCAUCCUGGUUCCUGCCACUCAGACCGCCAUCGUCCAGCUGCUGCAGGGCGAGCACAUGCUGCGGAGAGGCUGGCCGCCCCACCGCACCCUGCGAGGACACCGGAACAAGGUGACGUGCGUCCUGUACCCGCACCAGAUCUCCCCUCGCUACGACCAGCGCUCCCUGGUGUCCGGAGGAGUGGACUUCUCCGUCAUCGUCUGGGACAUCUUCACCGGAGAGAUGAAGCACAUCUUCUGCGUCCACGGAGGAGAGAUCACGCAGCUCAUCGUCCCGCCGGAGAACUGCAGUACUCGGGUGCAGCACUGCGUCUGCUCGGUGGCCAGCGAUCACUCUGUGGGUCUGCUCAGUCUGAGGGAGAGGAAGUGCAUCAUGCUGGCGUCCAGACACCUCUUCCCCAUCCAGGUCAUCAAGUGGCGUCCGGCAGACGACUACCUGGUGGUGGGCUGCUCCGACGGCUCCGUCUACGUCUGGCAGAUGGACACAGGCGCGUUGGACCGCUGUGUGAUGGGGAUCACGGCGAUAGAGAUCCUGAGCGCCUGCGACGAGCUGGCCCCGGCCACCGUGGACGCUCUGAGCCACUCUGCAGUGAACCUGAAGCAGGCCAUGACCCGCCGCAGCCUGGCCGCGCUGAAGAACAUGGCCACGCACAAACUGCAGACGCUCGCCACCAACCUGCUGGCGGCAGACAAUGCUGACAAGGGCAACCUGCCGAAAUACUCCCACAAUGCCCUGGUGGUGCAGGCGAUGAAGACCAACCUGACGGACCCCGACAUGCACGUGCUGUUCUUCGACGUGGAGGCCGUGAUCAUCCAGCUGCUGACGGAGGAGGCGCAGAGACCCAGCCCCACCCUGGUGUCUCCAGAGACGCUGCAGAAGAGCCAGGCCGGGGCCGACAAGGGGGGGUCCUUCCUGGCCAACAAGAUCUUCAAACAGGUGAAGGAGACGAUGAAGGAGACCAUCAAGGAGCACCUGCUGGACGAAGACGAGGAGGAAGAGGAGGAGAUGAGGAGGCGGGAGGAGAAGUCCAAGUCUCUCAGCCUGCUGGAGUACAACCUGACGAUGGACACGGCCAAACUCUUCAUGUCCUGCCUGCACGCCUGGGGUCUGAACGAGAAGCUGGACGGCAUCUGCCUGGAGCGGCUGGGCAUGCUCAGACCGCACUGCCCCAUCUCCUUCGGCCUGAUCUCCAGAGGAGGUCACAUGUCCCUCAUGCUGCCCACCUUCAAGGAGUCUCUGCUGCGACAGUUGUCCCUGGCGACGGGUCUGAAGCUGACUCUGACGGACAUCGUGGGGAAGGGGACGUACGGCGUGUCGAGAGCAGUCACCACGCAGCACCUGCUGUCCGUCAUCUCUCUGGCCAACACUCUGAUGGGCAUGACCAACGCCACCUUUGUGGGAGAACACAUGAAGAAAGCCCCCGUCAGGCCUCCCAGACCAGGAGGAACCCCGGAGACUCCUCGCAGGACGCUGACCGCCCCCCCUCAGCCCUCCAACCCGGCGCUACAGGCCCAGAUCAAACAAGCUGCCACAGCCAACACCAGCACUCUUCCCACUGUUACCACUGCCCCCCCUGCUGCUUUUCAUAACAUCCCCUCAGUCAACGAAGGUUGGAGCCAGCUAGCAGCCAUGCACUGUGUGAUGCUCCCUGACCUCCUUGGACUGGACAAGUUCAUACCUCCUCUGCUGGAGAUGUUGGCGAGAAGAUGGCAGGACCGCUGUCUGGAGGUGCGUGAAGCAGCUCAAGCUCUCUUACUGGCUGAGUUGAGGAGGAUUGGCCAAUCAGGUCGUAAAGACACCAUUGACUUGUGGGCUCCAUACCUGCCUCAGUAUGUGGACACUGUCAGCUCCCCUGGCUCCACCACUGAGCCCUCCCCUCCGGCUCCGCCCCCUCCCGAGGCUCAGCCAAUAGAAGCAAAGGUUCCUGAGGAGGAAAUGGACGUCACGGAUGACGACAUCAUAGCAGGCUGUCUCUCCAACCUUCCACCAAACGCCAAGAAGAUCUCCAACUCAUACGAGGAGCGGCGUAAACAAGCGACCGCCAUCGUGCUGCUGGGGGUCAUCGGGGCUGAGUUUGGCGCUGAGAUUGAACCUCCCAAGGGGGCAGUGCGGGCUCGGACGGGGGGGCAGGCGCCUGAGGGCUUCGGACUGACCAGCGGAGGGUCCUCCAACUACUCUCUGGCCAGACACACAUGUAAGGCGCUGACCUUCCUGCUGCUGCAGCCCCCCAGCCCCAAGCUGCCCCCCCACAGCACCAUCCGCCGCACCGCCAUCGAUCUGAUUGGCCGAGGCUUCACCGUGUGGGAGCCUUAUAUGGACGUGUCGGCGGUGCUCAUGGGGCUCCUGGAGCUCUGUGCUGACGCCGACAAGCAGCUGACCAAUGUCACCAUGGGUUUGCCUCUCAACCCUCCGGCAGAUUCGGCUCGCUCGUCCCGCCACGCCCUCUCUCUCAUCGCCACUGCCCGCCCACCGGCCUUCAUCACCACCAUCGCCAGAGAGGUUCAUCGCUUCAACGCAGCUCAGGCCAACUCUCAGUCGCAGCAGAACGUUCACACCACCACUCUGGCCCGAGCCAAGACUGAGAUACUGCGAGUCAUCGAGAUCCUGAUCGAGAAGAUGCCCGGAGACGUGGUGGAUCUGCUGGUCGAGGUGAUGGAUAUCAUCAUGUAUUGUAUUGAAGGCUCUCUAGUGAAGAAGAAAGGACUGCAGGAGUGUUUCCCUGCUAUUUGCAAGUUCUACAUGGUUGGUUACUGUGACCGCAGUCACCGCAUCGCUGUUGGAGCUCGCCAGGGAUCAGUGGCCCUCUACGAUGUUCGCACUGGAAAGUGCCAGAACAUCCACGGUCACAAAGGUCCCAUCACAUCAGUGUCGUUCGCCCCCGAUGGCCGUUACCUAGCAACAUACUCCAACGCUGACAGCCACAUCUCCUUCUGGCAGAUGAACACCAGUCUGCUGGGCAGCAUUGGGAUGUUGAACUCGGCCCCUCAGCUCCGCUGCAUUAAGACCUACCAGGUUCCUCCGGUGCAGCCGGCGUCUCCGGGGUCUCAGAACCACCUGAAGCUGGCCCGCCUCAUCUGGACCUCCAACCGCAACGUCAUCCUGAUGGCGCACGACGGCAAGGAGCACCGCUUCAUGGUCUGAAGUCUUCAUGGUCUGAAAAGUGUCACUCGGCAGCCACUAGUUUUAGCUUCAGAUAUGUCACCUUAGAGAUCUAACAAAAGCAAGGUGAGCCUGACAGUAAAGAGUUUUUAUUGAGAUUCAGAGGUGUCUCGUAUAAAGAUCAGAAGGUAUCAUAAUUGGCAGGAAAGGUAAAAACCCAGCUCAGGUUGGACUAAAUUAUUUUUUUGUUUUUAUCUCCUUUAGUGGACAUUGUGAAACUUGCUUUGUAAUUUAUUUAAAAGCCAUUAUAUAAGGCACGUUUAUACUGUGAUAUGCAUUGAUGUAUUUUUUAGUUGUUAACACCUUCCUGUCAUUCCUAUUUAUUGGCCGAACGUCACAGAUCUAUGUGGGUUCAGACCCUUGCUGUUUACUCGAUGUUAGCCUGCUACCUUUUAAUUCAGUACUCAAAAUGAUUCAAUCUUAAUUUUCUCUUCUUUAUAUUAAAGUUUCUUUGGGAGUCUGAAACAACUUAGGUUGGAUUUCUUAAGUUGUCAUUGCUGGAAUUAAAAAUGUAUUUUAAAAUAUUUCAAAGAAGUUCUCCACCGCUCUCUUUAAUGCUUUGCUAAUCGCCGACCUCUGUAAGGCAAGAACACACUCUGUGUGUGUGUGUGUGUGUGUGUGUGUGUGUGUGUGUGUGUGUGUGUGUGUGUGUGUGUGUGUGUGUGUGUGUGUGUGUGUGUGUGUGUGUGUGUGUGUGUGUGUGUGUGUGUGUGUGUGUGUGUGUGUGUGUGUGUGUUGUUCGAUGUUUGCUUUUACUUUCUGACACCUCCGAUGUUUUUUCCAUCCUCUCUGAGCUUCAUGCAGACAUGUGUGUAUGUGUUUUCACCCCAGAGUAUUUUCACAAGCACACAUUCUCACUUCAGACCGUCCUAAAAGCACCAUCACAGUUAACCUUAAGAUGGUGGAGGCAUUGCUCACUGCAGAUAUUAAAAAAACAAAAGCAUAACGUUAAAGGUGGGGUAAGUUUGAGAAACCGGCUCGAGAUAAACUUUUUGUUAUAUUCCAUGGAAUGCUCUUAACAUCCCGAUAGAAGUGAAUAUCUGAAGUGCUUUGACAACAAAUACAUUUAAAAAAGUCAUCAGUGGAAGCCGUAGUUCUGUAAAAAGCACGACCAAUCAUCUGCUUCGGCCCGGCUAAAGUAACUGGAUGGCCUACCUGCCUGCCAGCCUUCCAUCUGGGCACAAACUUAUCUCGUGCCCUCAUUGGUCAUGUGCGCGUUUGGAGGAGGUGCUCUGUGAGGAAGUGGCAGAUUUCUUCCGGUUGUGUAUUUUCAAAUUCUAGCGCACUCGAGCUGGUUUCUCCAAAAUUACCUCCCCUACCUUUAAAUUGGUAAAUUUGCCUGUGUCCCAUGUUUCCAUUUCUGGAAGUUGGCAACCCUAGUGUAUCUGUCGUGGCUAACGUGACGUCUGCCUGGCACUGACUAGUUCUUCAAAUCCGUAAAUCUAUUUUAAAAUGUCACAGUAUUAUAUUUACAUCUUUAGUUGUCUGAUGAAGAUCUUGGCUAUGAUUUGAUGGAGCAAGAAAGCUGCAUUUGUUUACUAAAAUGUUGCUUAUAUUGCUUUUUAAUAACAGCGAGGCAUGACACAGCUUGUUAUCCCAGAGCUAGCUCUAUCGAUGGAUUCUUAUGAGGGAUGCUAACAGCCUUGUUGCGCUGACCAGCAUCUUGCUUCAGUGAUGUGGAGAUGUCCCGUCACGUGUGUCAGUACUUCGUGAAGUCACUGUUCGGUAUCAAUUAUUUGAACUCUGCUUUGGAGACAGUAAGAGUUUUAUUCAGAGAGAGAUAUAUAUAUAUUAUGAGAGAGAGAGAGAGAGAGAGAGGCGGUUGACAUGUUUAAAUAACAAUAAUUUGAUACUAAAUCCAAGUCUCCUUCUCCUCGUCUCCAUCUUCCCUCGCCUCCUUCCUCCCUCGUCUCCUUCCUCCAUCUCCUGUCAGUUUCAUUAGUGCUGUCAGAAAGCUUCUAACACCGUUACACACCUGUAAACCCGAGCGUGUCAAAGCUUUUCACAAGUCCUUCCUCUCUUAAAAAAAAAACAUCCGGCAGACAGGUUUACACACACACACACACACACACACACACACACACACACACACACACACUCCAGACAGCUUUGAGAUCUUAAUCUUUGGUUUUCUCCACCACUCUUAACAGUUUGAGAAAAUAUGUUUUCUCCACCUCUCUUAGCCUCUCUGGGGAUGAAAGGUGAGAAAAAUAGAGACUGCAGGGAGGAAGAGUGGAGGAGUAAGUAACAAGUGAGGAACAUCAGGUCAUCCACCCAGAAAAAGGGUCUUCUUUGGUGAAGGUAGUGAACUGAAAGGUCUCGAUUAGAAGGACCUUUCGGUUUCUCUUCCAAAGCUGCAACAUGGAUACAAAUAACACAUGGUGCCCUUACGUUUCCAAACCCUCUAAAUACAUUUGUUUAGUUGUUGUUCACUGCGACAAAUGACGCUUUCAUCUGCCUUUUAAUAUAGACCUUAUAGAUAUGACAGCAGUUUUACACUAUUAAGCUCUAUUUUCUUUCUCAAUAACAAAAAAUGUACCUCAGUUUUGGAUCUGAUUUGCAAAAAGAAAAGUGUCUGCUUCCUUACUUUCCAAAAUUCACAUUUGAAUUUCAUGGAAAUGGCGAUUAAUCUCAUGAAUUAUAAUUAUUUACUGUUUACACGAUGAGCUCAAUGUAGAUAGGCCUAUUUAAGAGUGUGUGUGUGCAAUGUAGUACAUGUUUAUGAGCUUCCCUUGAUGUAGGUUGAAUCUAAAUAGUAACGUGUUGUGUAAAAAUGUGUUGCUGUUGACUUUGUGUCCAAUAAAGAUGAAAAUGAGA